AUGAGUAUUGAAGUGAAAUCGGAAGGUGCAUUUAUUGCCAAAAGGCAUUUUCAAAGUCAUAAAAAUGGCGGCGGCGGCACUUACGGCGGCAAUAGAAUGAACGGAAACAGAACGAAUCCGUCAACUGUCAAUGUCAGUGAUGGCGGCAAUAAUAGUGCAUCGGCGAGAAAUAAAAUAAUUCGUUGUUACAAGUGCAAGCAGAUUGGACAUUUUAAAAAUCGAUGUCCUCACACAGAAAAAGUAAAAACGAAUGCAUUUAGUGUAUUUCUCACAAAAGGAUUUAGUCAAACCGACUGGCACUUGGAUUCCGGCGCAAGUACUCAUUUGGUUUCCAACAAGAAUUUGCUGUCAAAUAUUUGUUUUCAACCGAAGAUUAAGGAGAUUAUCGUGGCGAAUAAAACGAUAGUGCCUGUUGAAUGUUCAGGGGAUUUGGAGAUUACGACGUGUGUCGAAGCACGAGAUGUUAUUACAGCCAGAGAUGUCGUGGUCAUGGAGAACACAGAUGACAGCUCCGCGACAACCAUCACUAUUGAUGAGAGCAGACCACCCAAAGAAGCAGAAGAGGAACACGACUCUGUUAGUGAGGAACAGGAUACCAGUGACAACCCGAUGGAUGAGACAUUCAUGCCGAAUGAAUCUUCUAAUGACACUGAUGAUAGUUACUGUGAUACUUUAUCACCAGAUGACCUGGAUGUCCUCCCCACGCAAUGUGACACUAAUUUGCCUGAAAAACGUGUGAGACGCAAACCAGACUAUUAUAAUGUUGCAAGCAUGUGUGUGGAAAUAGCGGGUGAAGAGCUCACUAUUAGUGAUGUGUUAAAUAGUUCAGAAAAAGAACAAUGGCAGUCAGCGCUAUCUAUGGUCAUUCCUAAGUAA